UGACAUUUGGCUCUAAAAGGAAGAUUCCAUUUUUCAUGAUAAAAUGGCAGCAGUGAAAACCCCCAGCAGAGAAGUAAAGACCGCAGAAGAACCAUUUCAUAACAUGUCACCCCUCCUUUUAAGGAGCCUGGUGGAGGAGCCCAAGAAAAGAAAAGAAGUACCGAAUUACCUCCUAGAAUCAAAGAUUUAUACACAACUUCUGAAUAACAAGGUCAUACAGGCAAAACCUGGCAUAUUGCAUUUUGGAGGCUGUCAAGUAGAAAAACACCACCAACAGCUACUGCAUCUGGUCAAUAUUUCCAAUGAAGACAUACAUGUUCAUAUUUUACCCCCACAAACCAAAUACUUUCAGAUCAAGUAUGUGAAAAAGGAGCACCGUCUUGUCCCUGGCUUGUCCCUCACGGUCACCGUUACAUUUUCUCCAGACGAGUGGCGAUACUAUUAUGAUUGCAUCCGUGUUCACUGUAAGGGAGAUGAAGCAUUGCUUAUCCCCAUCCAUGCCUAUCCUGUCGUGAACACACUGGACUUUCCCUCAUUUAUAAAUCUGUCAAAUGUUCUACUUGGUGAAAGCAAAAAGUAUGUUAUUCCUUUGCAAUGCAGUUGUCCUGUGGAUUUCGAGUUUCAUGUCACUUUGAUUCAGUCUCAUCAAGCCUUUAGUGUUGAGCCAACAUCAGGAAUAAUUCCAGCUAACGGGAAGGUGAAUGUGACUGUGACCUUCACCCCCUCUCAGUACGGGACGGCACAGAUAAAGCUGCAGUUGUGGAUUUCCCAGUUCAACUCUCAACCAUACGAGUGUGUCUUCACCGGAACCUGCUUUCCUAACAUGGCUUUAAAAUUAGAAGAAUUUGAAAGAUUGAAUACUCUUUCUAAGAAAGUAGUUGUCCCUCCAGAAAAGGCAAUGACACGUGUACAUUUUCACCGAUCACCGGCAAAGAUAAAGCCUCCAAAAGUUAAGGAAAUUGAAUACCAGAACUUGAGAUUUCCGGUAGAUUUAUCGAAUCCAUUCGCUGUGGCAACCGUUUUAAACCAGGAACCAGGCAAAUUGAAGAUUAAAGAACUGAGAGAAGUUUUGGACCAAGGCACUCAGAUUUCAAAAACCAGACAGAUGAAGGAAGCACUCUUUGAACAGAAAGUCAGGCAGGACACUUACGAAGAGAUCGAAAAUCGCCUGAAGUGGCAGGUGCACCUCGGUAAAGAUCCCAUGUCCUUUAAAUUAAGAAAAGACAUUAUUGAGGAGCGGCAAAGAGUAAACAACAAAUACAAGCUAGAUAGAGGAGAUCCUGUUUUGGAUGAGGAAUUUCAGCGAUUCAAGACAGAAGUUAACUCCAAACGAGUUGUUCGAGACCUAGAAGAAAAAACCAGGGAAUUUCAUCCUAAUUUUGAUCCACUCAUUAAUAAUACUUGGGUCAACAGGUUCAGGGCGCUAAGACGGUUUCAACAAGCAGCACGCAAGGUUAUGGUACAUCGACGCUUACUUAGGAUGCUGAGUGCCAUUCGCAACAUGAAAAAAGAUGCUAUCAUAAGAAAGUUCACUCAAGGAAGACAGUCCAUAGCAUCAGAGAAGGAUUCCUCCCAGUACCUUCACCCGUGGGUCAGUCAGGAUGACUAUGCCAGCCGGUUCUCUGUGUCGCCCAAGGAAGUUCUGCCCUUCGCCUUCCCAUCCUACAGCUCCCCUCAGGGCUCCAGCGAGCUGGCUCCUGAUGGCCUUGGACCAGUCCCGAUAAAAUCUUCAGAAAUUCAAAUCAAACAGGCCUUUUCGUUCCUCGAUCUGCAGGUCCCUCAACUGUACAAGAUUAAGAAGUACCAGCCCAUCUCUGUCCAGAAGUGCUCAGCGAGCUACCGACCUCAAAAACUUGCUCGAGCCCUGAAGCAAGGAGCUGAGGAUGAAGCCACAACCGUCAUAGCCCUGCCCAAGCAGGACGCCGUGCCCCAGCUCCCCGGGGAGACCUCAGUCUUGAGUGUGAAACUACCCGAGGCCUUGGCCAGGGCUCCAGAUUAUGACCCGCUUUAUAUUUUUAAUCCCAGCCCAGGAUUGUUUGCUGUGAUGCACCCUAUGACCUAUGCGGAAACCUUGAUAGAUUACCACCUGUGCUCUCACCCCAAGUACAAGUUCACCAAGGAGUCCCACACUGGGUCCAGCAUUCCUCUCACCCAGAAGCAGUUUCUCCAUCACACGGACAUAAUUCCCGGAGUGAUGAACUGGAAGAGGUUCCAGUGCCUGGUUCUCUCAUCCCUGCCCGAAACCUCUAAGACCGAGACGACACUGAGCUGUGAUUCUUUCAAUUUAGUCAUGCUCCCUAUAAACGUCCCUGCCGUUCUUGACGCCUUACCGGAAGAAGACAGGAUGGAGACAGUCGAACGUGAGCUCUGUGAACAGAGUGUAGAAGUUAUGUUGACUCCAGAAAUGAUCGAAAUGGAAUUCCCUAUGUUGGACGACAAGGACACCAAGAAGGAGAAAGAAGCGAAAGACCAAGACCAGCCAUUGGAGAAGGCGAGAGAAAAGGUGCUUGAGGAGAUGAGGAACCUGCGGAGCAAAGCUCUCAACUCAUACCUGAUUCUAGAAUAAACAUCGCCAGUAGGUCGGUCUCUGUCACGUGCUUUCUGCAAGUCACCGUGGUCCUUUGUGUCUAUUUCUGUCCCAGCCAUUUUUUGGAAUUCAAGUUUCUAGAGAGAAAAUAUCAAAAUGUGGA